AUGAACCAUAUUUUCCUAUCUUGUCCAGUAGCUAUUCAGUCAUGGGCGCUCAGCCAUUUAUCUACCAAAGUCCAUUUGGACAAGGCACGGCAAGUCACAAUCUGGCUCCCGACUCUCCGACACCAACUACCUAGAAAGGACGUAGAGUUGGUAGCUGUUACACUAUGGAACCUUUGGAACAACCACAAUGGAGUUACUUUUGCCGGUCCGUAUCAUGAUCCCCUUAGUUUGGUCUCACUCUCCAUGAAUUUUUUGCACCAAUACCGUGAAACUAUUUCAAACCCAGUGCAUGGCUCCAUAACCUCUCCACAGUGCCAAUCCACACUUCCUCGUUGGAACAAACCCCAACUGGAUUUUGUUAAAGCAAACUUCGACGGGGUUGUCUUUCCGUCGCAAGGUUUCUCUGGUGUUGGGGUGGUGGUGCGUGAUGAUGCAGGAAAUUUCAUAGCGAGUCUGUCAAAGAGGAUCCUCGGUAUUUUGGCCCUUGAUGUAGUUGAGACCUAUGCGGUGAAGUACGCAACACAAUUGCUAGUUGAGUUAGGCUAUAGUCACGUUGUUCUGGAAGGAGACAACCUAAAAAUUGUAAAAAUGCUCCAGCAGUACGAAUCCAAUGAUUCAGCUUGUGGCAUUUGGUCGGUGAUGUCUUGCAGCUUCUGCGACACUUUACCAAGUGGGAAGCCAUGUAGAUACCGCGUUCGUUGA